UAGGUUGCUGCUCUUGUGCGUGGUUAAGGAAGUUUGCGCAAGUGAAUGGGAACAGAGCCACAACCAGUGCUGAUUUUAUAUAGAGACCCGUUUACACAAAUAUACACACACAACUGUGAGCGUUUGGAAUAUCUGAGGUCAGCAGAAGAAUGUCAUCUCGCAGGUUUCUCCUCGCAGUUUUCAUCAUUCUCGGGCAGGAUUUCUGCGACGCUAAACAGCCAUCCGUCCCAGAAGCGCCGACCCUGACAUCAUCACUGAAGGGUUCAUCGGUGGAGCUGUUGUGUCAGGCUCCUCAGGGCUCUGGAGGUGUUGAAUUUAAACUCUUCAGAGUACGCCAGGAGAUUGAUACUAAAAAAUACUCCAGUAAACAGCGAGAGGCGCUUUUUGUGCUCAAGGGAGAAGAUGCAAAGAAAGAGAAUCUGUACUGUUGUCAGUAUGAUAGCAGCAUGUACAGUUCUUAUAUCAGUCCAGAGCUGAAAUCCAUACUUGUAAGCCCCCCUUCACCCCCUGAGCUGAUGGUGCACCCCUCCAACGACUACAUUGUGACUGGUCAGACACUUACAUUCACCUGUCAGACCCCAACUGCUUCUCUAAAUCGGCACCCUGACGCUUUCUUCUUGAUCCGGAUAUCCAGAGGAACCCUGAGCUCCAAGCUCGCGCCACCCAAACUGGUGUCUCGCUCUCAACAGCCUUCCUUCAGUGUGAAAGCAAUGGGACGAGGAGACAGCUGGGAGUACGCCUGUCUAUACCAGCUCACGUUGCCAAAGACGGGACGGGUGAAUUCUACAGCCAGUCGGCCAGUCCACAUUACUGUCAUAGAUCUUCCCGUUCCCACUCUGUCUUUAACCCAACACGUCCUGGAGUGUGUGGGUUCGGCCUCAUAUCCACAAGCUUCAUUCUCUUUAUUCCGUCUGGGUUCCACGUCACCCGAGGCCACCCGGCAGUUUUCCUUGACCCAACACCGUGCACAAUUUCCCAUAAGCAACCGCUAUGAUCACGACACACUGUAUCAGUGUCAGUACACCGUACAGCUGGGUAACUCCCACCUGCACUCCAAAAUGAGCAACACGGUAAAUCUCCCAUGCAAUAAAGGACACUGCACAUCACCCCCCUCAGGAAACACAGGAAGUGCAGAUCUGGCUCUGAUCAUUGGCUCUGUUUCUGCUGGUGUGCUCUUCCUCAUGGUGGUGGCGCUCUUGAGUUUUGCCAUACACAGACGCCUCAAAACACUGGCAGAGAAAAGAAGAAAAAGAGAGCAAGAACAUUUCUGGCAGAAGCUUCACUCCAGAGAUCAUGUUGUUGAUCUGCCACUGCAAAGUGUUGACUGCGAAUUUCAAGACUUCAGAAGGAAACCCUCGGUGUCAGAGCCCAUCUACGACAUCCCCAUGUCAACCUUUACUAAACCACCACUUUACUGAGAAUCUGUGGAUGUACGUGUUUAUACGUCGCUGUUUAUUUAAAAGCUGUGUUUUGUAUAUUUAUAAAAGAAUGAUCGAGUCCAUGUCUGCUGUGGGUUUGGAUCUGAAUUUCUCUGGAGCGUCAGCAGGUGGCUCUGAUAUAGUGAGGCAUGUUUCAGGAAAGCGCCGGUGGUCAAAUCUUUGCAAAUCAUUUCAUAGAAUCACCUGAAAGGCGGUAAAGAAAGUGUGCGUGUACCAGCAAGAGACUCAAACUUCUUUCAGUUCCUCUGAACUAAAAUAAAAGUAAACCAAUUCCAGCCCAACACUCUUACAUUAAGAAUAUCAAACGAAUGACUCUUAAUACGUUUUUUUGGUUCACACCCAUCUGUAUCUUACAGCCUUUCAUUUCUG